GAAACAUGCACUGAACUGCCACAGAAUGAAACCUGCCCUCUUCAACGUCUUGUGUGAAAUAAAAGAGAAAACAGUGCUCAGUAUCCGUGGCGCCCAGGAGGAGGARCCUCCAGAUCCCCAGCUGAUGCGACUGGACAACAUGCUCCUGGCGGAGGGCGUGGCCGGGCCGGAGAAAGGAGGCGGGUCGGCGGCCGCUGCGGCGGCGGCGGCGGCCACCGGCGGCAUCGGCGCGGACAACUCGGCAGAACACUCGGACUACAGGGCCAAGUUGUCUCAGAUCCGACAGAUCUACCACACGGAGCUGGAGAAGUACGAACAGGCGUGCAAUGAGUUCACCACCCAUGUGAUGAACCUGCUGAGGGAGCAGUCUCGAACACGACCCAUCUCGCCCAAAGAGAUCGAGCGCAUGGUCARCAUCAUCCACCGCAAGUUCAGCUCCAUCCAGAUGCAGCUCAAGCAGAGCACUUGUGAGGCCGUCAUGAUCCUGCGCUCCCGCUUUCUCGACGCGAGACGGAAGAGAAGAAACUUCAACAAACAGGCAACAGAGAUCCUGAAUGAGUAUUUUUACUCCCAUCUCAGUAACCCCUACCCAAGUGAGGAGGCCAAAGAGGAGCUKGCCAAGAAAUGUGGCAUCACUGUGUCACAGGUAUCAAACUGGUUUGGGAAUAAGAGAAUCAGAUAUAAGAAAAACAUCGGCAAGUUCCAGGAAGAGGCCAACAUGUACGCGGCCAGGACUGCGGUCAACGCCACCAGCGUGUCGGCUCACGGCAGCCAGGCCAAUUCCCCGUCAACUCCCAACUCAGCAGGUUCUGCUGGCUCUUUUAACAUGUCAAACUCCGGAGACUUGUUCAUGAGUGUGCAGUCCCUCAAUGGGGACUCGUACCAAGGGGGGCAGGUUGGGGCCAACAUACAAUCCCAGGUGGAUACCCUUCGCCAUGUUAUCAGCCAGACCGGAGGAUACAGUGACAGCCUCGCGGCCAGCCAGAUGUACAGUCCACAGGGCAUCAAU